GUUAGUGCCUAUAGAUAUAGGUACAUACAAAAAUGAAAGUAUACGCUCAAUGCUAAUCAACGCUAAUUGCAUUUGAACAUUCAAAUCUUUGUCAAGACUAGUGGAUAUGGACGUUACAUAAACACCUUCAAAAGUACAAGAAGAAAAAACAUUCAAAUGUCUUGUAUAACAUCAUUUCAUAUCAGCAGUAGACUAAAAUAAGAUGAGCAAUGAAUCAUUCGUCUAAACUCUUGAUUAGAAAACGAGCCUUCAAGCAACUAAAUAACUAAGCACCCGUCCUGAGGAUGAGUCCACAAGAACAGUGUGAAUUGGUUGUCUUGGUCGUCUUCGUGACGACGAGUAUAAAGUGAUAAAUUUAGUCAUCAUAGUUUUCAAAGUCGUAAAAUGAUUAAAUUCGUGAUUGUGGAAUAAAAAUAUUCAACAAUCUUAUAAAUCAUAUAAUCUAGGAAACACUACAUGCUACAAUUAAACACGUUUAGUACAAAAUCACUAUCUGGAAAUUUUUGAUUGGAUUUGAAGACACUGUUUCAAUAAAAUCCUCAAAAUGGAAACUUACGAGCAAUUAACUAUUGGACAUGUAGUUGGUUGGGCAGCAUCCGGUGCUAUGAUAAUUGGAGGAAUUGUGCCAUUUAUUCCACAGUAUAAAGAGAUUAAAGAAAAACAAGAUACAGAAGGGUUUUCUCUUUAUGUCUGCCUUACGUUGUUGAUAGCUAAUAUUCUGCGAAUACUAUUUUGGUUUGGAAGGCGCUUUGAGUUACCACUACUAAUACAAAGUAUUUUGAUGAUAGCUAUGAUGUUUUUCAUGAUUAAAGUAUGCAUAGAUAUUCAAAAUAAACAUCAGAUUACAAAGCAGAAGGAUAGAGUCUUUACAGAUUUCAACAUUAAAUACUUUUGGAAAUGGACAGAGUUCCAGUCCUACGUGGACUUCAUACUAGUCUUUGCAUUCAUUGGAGCUGUGUUGAUGUACCUGUUAAUAAAUGUUCCAAUUUUUGUGGAAUCAAUUGGUUUAUUUGCCUUAUUAACAGAAGCAAUGCUAGGGCUUCCUCAAUUUUUAAGAAAUUUCAACAAUAAAUCUACUGAAGGAAUGAGUAUUGCAAUGGUUGCCAUGUGGACAAUGGGAGAUACAUUUAAAACUUGUUACUUUAUCAAGCGUAAUGCACCAGUUCAAUUUUCCAUUUGUGGAACAUUACAAAUUUUAAUAGAUUUAGCAAUACUUGCUCAAGUUUACAUUUACAGGAGUAAUAUCUUAACAGUUAGAGCUACUGGUAGAGUUGACUAAAAGAUCUUUCCUCA